GGCCAGAGAGCGACUGAAUUCGCUGUAGGUGUUUAGAAGAUAGCCACGCUAGUGCCCAACACCGAUCUCUCGAAUUGUCAGUCUCGAGUGAAUACUGUUUUCGAACUCGUACUUAGUACCGUGAAGAAAAAUGGACAAUUAUUCCCCACAAUAUCUGUACGGCGAUUUACUGAGUUCUUCUCAGUUCGAAAAUCUCAAAAUACACACAGAAGAAAACUUGAGUAUGGAAAACAAUUUUGUAACUGAAGAGGGUAUUUACACGGGGUCAAUGGGUGUCAGUCCCAUGUUAAAUUGUGACAGUGUGCCAUCAGACCAAAGUUUCAGUACUGAAAACCCCACCACUCAAUUACCUCGGGAGUUAGCCGAGAUGGUGACCUCGCUCCUGCUUGAUGCCAGUGACGAUUUCCCGCUAAGUGAGGAAGCUCACCCCCAUUUUGAUAUCGAUGUAGUAGCUGCCGCUGGUGACUUCGUUGACAAAGAAGACCCCUUUAACGAAGAUAUCUUUGGUGAUAAUGCAACCAGUCUGUUACACACCCCCGGUUACGAGGUCCAGACAAUCCCUUCGGUAGGGACAGCUGCUGCCUUAGGUGCCACCACAACAGUGUCAGGAAGACCUCGAAGGAAAUCUGAACGGAAGGCCAAGACGAAAGCGACUGACGCGUUAGUUUGCAGUGGGCAUUCCUUAGGGUACGACCCACAAUACCCCGACCUCUCUGAACUUGGGGUGCCCAGCCCUGCCUCUUCGUCCUCCGGUUACAGUGACAGUUGCGGCGAGGAUACGCAGCAGAAGAAGGGACGGCAAAGGCGGCCCCGCAUAUCGUACAACACAUUGACAGAGGAGGAAAAAUACAAAAGAAUUCGCGACUUGAACAAUGAAGCCUCCAGACAUUACCGCGAGAGACAGCGGAGUUUGCUCACCAACUUGGAUAAGCAGCUGCCGGGACUCAUCGAGAAAAACCAGAAAUUGAAAGAAAAGGCCGUAGCCCUCGAAGCUCUGAGGGACCAACUGAAACAUUUCUCGCACCAGUUCCUCCGCGAACAUAUGCACAACAAUGUCAGUCAUGACUUCCAGAUGUGAUAUUAUCACUUUUGUGUAGUUCCUGGUUCCUCAUAGUUAAACAAAGUUAUUGUUACAUAGAUAUCAUGUAUAUUUAUACCAAGGUAUUCUUCCAUAAAUAUCAUGCAUAACCGAAUGCUUUGCUCAAAGUCAAACGGUUUUUAUGUUGAAGUAGCUCAUCGUCGCCUAUUUGUUCAUUGUCAUCAUAUUCUUAGUUACCUAGUUUUUAAGUCAUUUUGUACAUAUUUUUCUACCAUUUUACAAAAUUAUUUAUCGGCUAAGUUUACCUACCUUAGUGUGAUUAUCGCUACUAUAUGUACCUCGAAUUAUUACUAAAUAAAAUUUUAUAUUUUAAAUUCUUA